CCCGGGGAUUUCAGCUUUGCAAUGACGGCCAGCGCCGUGGAGGAGCUGCGCCAGGAAGGCAAUGAACUCUUCAAAGGCGGCGACUACGAGGGCGCCCUGGCCGUCUACACCCGCGCCCUGGAGCUGCACCCCACGCCCCAGGAGCAGGCGGUGCUGCAUCGCAACCGGGCCGCCUGCCACCUCAAGCUGGAGGACUAUGACAAGGCCGAGUCGGAGGCGUCCAAAGCCAUUGAAAGGGACGGUGGGGAUGUCAAGGCGUUGUACCGCCGGAGCCAGGCCCUGGAGAAGCUGGGCCGCCUGGAUCAGGCCGUCCUGGACCUGCAGAGAUGUCUGAGCUUGGAGCCCAAGAGCCGAGUUUUCCAGGAGGCCCUGAGGAACAUUGGGGGCCAGAUUCAGGAGAAGGUGCGCUACAUGUCCUCAACUGAUGCCAAAGUGGAGCAGAUGUUCCAGAUCCUUCUAGACCCUCAGGAGAAAGGCACUGAGAAGAAACAGAAGGCAUCUCAGAACCUGGUGGUUUUGGCCCGAGAGGAUGCAGGGGCCGAGCGGAUCUUCCGGAGCAAUGGGGUGCAACUCCUACAACGCCUGCUGGAUACUGGGGAGUCCGACCUCAUGUUGGCGGCUCUGCGCACACUAGUGGGCAUCUGCUCGGAGCACCAGUCCAGGACGGUGGCCACUCUGAGCGUACUGGGCACACGGCGCCUGGUCUCCAUCCUGGGCGUGGAUAAUUCGGCCGUAUCACUAGCCACCUGCCACCUGCUGCAGGUCAUCUUUGAUGCCCUCAAGGCCGGUGUCAAGAAGGGCUUUCGGGGCAAAGAGGGUGCCGUGAUUGUGGACCCCGCCCGGGAGCUGAAGGUGCUUCUCAGCAACCUGCUAGAGCUCCUGACUGAGCCGGGGGUCUCCGGGCAGGGCCGCGACAAUGCCCUGACACUGCUCAUCAAGGUGGUACCCCGGCCGUCCCCGAAGGACCCCAACAACAAUCUGACCCUCUGGGUCAUUGACCAAGGCCUGAGGAAGAUACUGGAGGUGGGGGGCUCACUGCAGGACCCCCCCGGGGAGCUCACAGUCACGGCCGACAGCCGCAUGAGCGCCUCCAUCCUCCUCAGCAAGCUUUUCGACGACCUCAAGUGUGACGCCGAAAGGGAGAAUUUCCACCGUCUCUGUGAGAAUUAUAUCAGGAGCUGGUUUGAGGGCCACGGGCUGGCCGGGAAACUCCGGGCCAUCCAGACGGUGUCCUGCCUCCUGCAGGGCCCAUGCGAUGCUGGCAACCGGGCCCUGGAGCUGAGCGGGGUCAUGGAGAGCGUGAUAGCGCUCUGUGCCUCAGAGCAGGAGCGGGAGCAGCUGGUGGCCGUGGAGGCGCUGAUCCACGCAGCCGGCAAGGCCAAGCGCGCCUCGUUCAUCACAGCCAAUGGCGUGUCGCUGCUCAAGGACCUGUACAAGCGCAGCGAGAAGGACAGUAUCCGCAUCCGGGCACUAGUGGGCCUGUGCAAGCUCGGCUCUGCAGGGGGAACCGACUUCAGCAUGAAGCAAUUUGCAGAAGGCUCCACCCUCAAGCUGGCCAAGCAGUGUCGGAAGUGGCUGUGUAGUGAGGGCAUAGACUCAAGCACACGACGCUGGGCUGUGGAGGGCCUGGCCUACCUCACCUUUGAUGCUGACGUAAAGGAGGAGUUCGUGGAGGAUGAGGCAGCCUUGAAGGCCCUGUUCCAACUCAGCAAGUCAGAUGAGCGGUCAGUGCUCUUCGCUGCGGCCUCGGCACUGGUGAACUGCACCAACAGCUAUGACUAUGAGGAGCCCGACCCCAAGAUGGUGGAGCUGGCCAAGUACGCCAAGCAGCACGUGCCCGAGCAGCACCCCAAGGACAAACCAAACUUCGUGCGAGCCCGUGUGAAGAAGCUGCUGGCAGCCGGUGUGGUGUCGGCGCUGACUUGCAUGGUGAAAACCGACAGCCCUGUCCUUACCAACGCCUCCCGAGAGCUGCUCUCCAGGGUCUUCCUGGCUCUGGUGGAGGAUGUGGAGGACCGCGGCAUCGUGGUAGCUCAGGGCGGGGGCAAGGCUCUACUUCCGCUGGCUCUGGAGGGCACCGAUGUGGGGCAGACCAAGGCGGCCCAGGCCCUGGCCAAGCUGACCAUUACCUCUAACCCCGAGAUGACCUUCCCUGGGGAGCGGAUCUACGAGGUGGUUCGGCCCCUAGUGUCCCUGCUACACCUCAACUGCUCAGGUCUGCAGAACUUCGAGGCGCUUUUGGCACUGACCAACCUGGCGGGCAUUAGCGAACGACUACGGCAGAAGAUUCUGAAGGAGAAGGCGAUGCCCAUGAUCGAGGGCUAUAUGUUUGAGGAACACGAGAUGAUCCGCCGCGCAGCCACUGAGUGCAUGAGCAAUAUGGCCAUGAGCAAAGAGGUCCAGGACCUUUUUGAGGCCACGGGUAAUGACCGGCUCAAGCUGCUAGUCCUAUACAGCGGUGAGGAUGAUGAACUGCUUCGGAAGGCGGCAGCCGGAGGCCUGGCCAUGCUCACCUCCAUGCGGCCAUCGCUCUGCAAACGCAUCCCUGAAGUGACCACACACUGGCUUGAGAUCCUGCAGGCCCUUCUGCUGAGCCCCAACCAGGAGUUGCAGCACCGGGGUGCUGUGGUGGUGCUGAACAUGGCAGAGGCCUCCAAGGAGCUGGCAGGCAGCCUGAUGGAGAGUGAGGUUCUGGAAAUCUUGUCGGUGCUGGCCAAGGCCAAGGAGGGUCCUGUUGCCAGGGUGGCUGUCGCCUGCCUCGGGAAGGCAGUGGAGUAUGGGCUGAUCAAACCCAACGAGGGUGGAGAGUGAGUUGUGCACUUUGUUUACCUCCCUCUGCUGAGCACUGAGAACAUUCGACCCACUUCAGCUACCCUGCUGUGCCACGCUCAGUCACAGCCCGCACAACUGGGGACACACAGCUGGGGACAGGACCAAGCCUGUGCAUCUGGACCAAGGCCCCAGCCCUAACAGGGCACAUCUGGCAGCUUCACCAUUCACAGGGCACAUCUGGCAGCGUCACUGAGCCUGCGUCAGCGGCCCCUUUUCCCCUGUAAUAAUAAUAACAGUAAUAAUGACAACAACAAUAAUAAAAGUGUGGGUAUCACA